AUGGACGAACCGAAAGCGGAUGCUGACUCUCCACAAGCGCAAGUCCGCAUUGCAGCUGACGGGGGAGCAAACGCCCUGUACCAAGCUGCCGGCCAGCACGGCGACUCCUCUUUUGAUGACCUCGCCGUCAUCAUUGGCGACCUCGACAGCCUGAGCCCCUCCGCCCGGGCCUACUACGAGUCCCGCGGGGACGAUGAACGGCAGAAUAAGACCCUGGUCAUCCGCGAUCCUAACCAAGAGUCUACUGACUUUGGCAAGGCCGUGGCGUACGUCCGGCAGCAUUACGGCCACCGAGACGGCGCCCAACCCAUCGACAUCGUCGCCAUCGGCGGCUUAGGCGGCCGCGUCGACCAGGGGCUCAGCCAGCUCCACUACCUGUACCGGUUCCAGGCGGAACCGGGCUAUGCGCAGGGGCGCAUGUACCUGUUCAGCGGGGAGAGCUUGACGUUCUUGCUGAAGCCGGGCACGCACCGCAUCAGGGUGAGGGACGGCCGGUCCGAAGACGUGUUUGGGAAGUACGUGGGCAUCCUGCCGGUGGGGAAGCCCAGCAGGAUUACGACACGGGGGCUGGAGUGGGAUGUGCAGGACUGGGAGACGCGGUUCGGGGGGCGGGUAAGCACCAGCAACCAUGUGCUUCCGGAGACGGAGGUGGUCGAGGUGCAGACCACGGAGGAGGUACUGUUUACGAUCGUGCUGAGGCAGCCGGCCUGGCUGGACCGCAGCUAGCACCGCAUGCUUGGGUCCGGUUCAUGUACAUACAUACUGUACAUACAGUACAUACAUAGGCACCAGACGCGCGGAGGCGACGUGUGUGAUUAGGAACAGAGACCUAGCAUCAGCUGCCGUGACAGAACUUUGGAUUAAAACAACACCACAACAACCCCUCCCCCC